AUGUAUAAUGUCAACCAAAGCAAUCCUUCUGGUCGUCGGGGAAAAUCGCCGAUUGUACUUACUGGUGUCCUUCUCCUCCUCCUUGAAGAGCUUGGUGAUACGCUGGCCAAUCUCGUUGUCGGGAAGCUUGACAUCAUCCUUGGUGUCACCGUCCUCCUUCAUCAGGGAAAGGUAACCAUCAUCGGUAAUGUCGAGCUGGAAAACGAAUGUCCUUAUACGGCGAACAACGGGGACGUCCAUGUUGUGGGUGGAGGGGGACAGAUCCUCGAGCUUCUUGCCAGUGAAGAUAUCGAUGGCGGUGAUGUUAACCUUGGCGUGACCGUGCUUGCCAGUCUUGGAGGUGGACAUGGCGACAAUCUUGCAGGGGCGACCCUUGAUAACGACGUGACCACCCUGGCGCAGAGCAGAACACUGAGUGGGCGACUCGACGACAUCUCUUCCGGGAACGGGAAGACCUUCCAAUGGCGUAGGACUAAGCAAACAAGUGCGCAGCGAUUGCGCCCGGCUGUUGUACCUGACCCGUUAGAGGUAUUGAACGGGAUCAUUGGCAAGGAGAAACAGGAAAAGGACAUUCCACAAUUGUCAACCCUGCUGGAAAGACCAGCAGAGCUGGUUGAGGCCAUCAAUUUUGAGGGACUGAGCCUGGAGGAGUUUGCGGUCUCAGCCGAUCCGAUACCGACUCGAGAGGCCCCGGGCAACGAGAUCAACGCCCAGACGGUCCAGCAGUUCGAACAGGAGCGAGACAAGUUUGAGGAGCUGCACACGUCUAUUGCCGGCUGUGACGAUGUGUCCAAGUCAGUGGAGCUGUAUUUGAAUGACUUCCAGACCGAGCUGGGGGCGGUGUCGGCGGAGAUUGAAACGUUGCAGACCCGCUCGACGCAAUUAAAUGCCAUGUUGGAGAACAGGCGCAAUGUGGAAAAGCUACUGGGCCCAGCUGUGGAGGAGAUCAGUAUCUCACCAAAGGCCGUGCGUACUAUCGCCGAGGGGCCCAUGGAUGAGAGCUGGGUGCGCGCCCUAAACGAAAUCGAUGCUCGAACAAUGAGCAUCGAAGCCAAAGCAGCUUCAUCUAAUGGGUUCAAGGCCAUUGAGGAUGUGCGUCCACUGUUGAUUGACUUAAAGGACAAGGCAAUCGAACGCAUACGUGAUUACUUGGUGUUGCAGAUUAGAGCAAUGCGAUCACCAAACAUCAACUCGCAAAUAAUUCAGCAGCAGCGACUACUGAGGUUCAAAGACUUAUACAGUUAUCUAUCAAAAGCUCACCCUAAACUUGCCGGAGAAAUCUCCCAAGCAUACAUCAACACAAUGCGCUGGUAUUAUAACUCCAACUUCACUCGUUAUCUCCAAGCACUCGACAAGAUCAAGAUCUACCCAAGUGAUCGAAAUGAAGUCCUCGGAGGUGAUCAUUCGCAACGAACCGGAAACAUUCUCCCUGGCAGCCGAGCUGGCUCUGCCGCACAUGAUCCGUUCUCAUUGGGUCGACGCAUUGAUAUUCUUCGAACUGGAAAUCACCAGGCGUUACCCUCUUAUCUGGCCGAGGAAGAUAGCUCGUAUCAUGGAAUCGAAGCGCCAUUCCGAAACUUCAAUGUCGCCCUCGUGGACAACAUAUCUGCUGAGUAUUCUUUUAUGACAGAAUUUUUCUCUCCCCUGACAUUCCACCAAAUCUCGCGCAAGGCCGUAGAGAUAUUUGAACCAAUCUUUGCACUGGGCCAAAAUCUGACCAAGAAACUUAUCGAGAAUACUACGGAUUCUUUGGGUGUUCUCAUGUGUGUUCGCUUAAACCAAAGAUCUGCAUUCGAGCUUCAGCGGCGCAAGGUACCUGUCGCCGAUUCAUACGUGAAUGGGAUCAACAUGCAGUUGUGGCCUCGCUUCCAGGUCAUUAUGGAUCUACACUCAGAGUCACUAAAACGAGUUGGCUCCAAUACCGGUCGCAGUGCGGUCUCAGCCUUAUCAAUCGCAGGCGGAGAUGAUUUGAAGAACUCCUCGGCACCGCAUUUCCUCACGCAACGAUUUGGUCAACUUAUGCAUGGUAUUUUGGUCCUGAGUAGCGAUGCCGGAGACGAUGAGCCUGUGUCGAACAGUCUCGCCCGGUUAAGCACCGAGUUUGAUGCUAUGUUGGCCAAACUGAGUCGAAACGGCACGGAUGCAAAGCGCAGAGAGCGAUUCCUUUUCAACAAUUAUUCAUUGAUCUUAACCAUCAUUAGUGAUACCCAAGGUAAACUGGCAGUUGAGCAGAGACAGCAUAUGGACGAGAUGCUUAAGAACUGUAGCAAGCGUUAA